UAUUUGUAAGAGAACUAAACAGUACUGGUCUAAAUCGAUUCACAUUCGGCAAUUUAUCCUGUCCACAAACACCAUGGCAAAACUUAACUACCUAGAUGAUGCCUGGAGGACAUUAGGAGUAUGGGGACGAUAUCAAUGUAUUCAGAUUUUUCUACAACUUACUUCAGUGUUUUCUGAGUCUGUACAUCUAAUGGUUAUCGUAUUUAUAGGAUAUCGUCCAUCGUACCAAUGUGCUGACCUCGGGAAUACGACCAGUAUGUAUGACACACUGUCGAACGCCAGUCUCACUCCUCUUUACCAAGCCUGUCACGUUGAUAUCCUCAUAAAUGGUACCAACACGACUCUGAUGAAACUGUCACCAUGUCCGGCAGGAUAUACGUACGAUCUAGAGAAAGAUCGAACGUUUGUUACAGAGUGGGAUCUCGUGUGUGAGGGAGCGGAGAGAGCAGAGGUGUCCCAAAUGUUGCUGAUGAUCGGUCAGAUGGUCGGAGCGGCUUUUUUACCACAGCUGUCGGACAAAUUUGGACGGAAGGUUGUUUUAGUGACGUCACAAAUUGCCCUGUUUGCCUCGGGGGUUGGUGCCUCUCUACUCCCUACUUUUACAUGCUAUGCCAUAAUGCGGUUUAUAUGCGGUUUUUCACAUCAGGGAAUGGCCAUGGCAAGGGCUGUGAUGACUGUAGAGAUACUUCCGGAGGAAAGCCGGUUCAUGGCAGAAGUACUCGGAUGCACAGUAUGGACAAUUGGGCUGUGCGUGAUUGCACCACUGGCCUAUAUAAUGAGGGAUCUGUCUUGGCGAUAUCUUUACCUUGUCCUCUCCUUAACAUCAGUGCACUGUCUUCUCGGAUUUUGGACAUUUGACGAAUCUAUUCUCUGGCUCCUUGCCAAUGGUAAGAUAGACAAAGCAAAGACACUUUUAAGGAAGGCUGCAAAAAUGAAUAAGGUAAACGAAAAAGAAGUCUUGCAGAUUGUCGACAAUGCUACAUGUACAUCGACUGUAUUACAAGAAAAACUAAUAAAGAAACCAAACCAAAAUCAAAAUGUGGAUGGCAAGCAAAAGGAGCGAAAGGAAGUCAUUUUGGAGCAGUCGCCGGCUAUGCUACCAAAGUAUACGGUUUUGACUCUAUUUACACGCCGGCGAAUAGCAAUGAUCACCCUCAUCAUGACGUAUACUUGGCUUGUUAAUAGUCUAACAUACUACGGAUUAUCUCUAUCCUCUGCCUCUCUACCUCUAGAUCGCUAUUUGAGUUUUUUUCUCCUUUCUCUUGCGGAAUUACCCGUGGCAGUAAUUGAAUAUUAUACAUUCAAUAGACUAGGUAGAAAGAAGUUGUGUAUCAUAUUCCAUGCCGUGGCAGCCGUGUCGCUCAUAGCGGGAACUGUCGCAAAUUAUUUAUCAGAUAGAGCUGGUGCUAACGUAGCAUUGAUGAUAUUCUAUUUUCUCGGGAAAAUGGCCAUUGCUGGCUCUUUCAGCACAAUAUUCCUCUUCACUCCAGAAUUAUACCCUACAAAUCUCAGGAAUGUUGGCAUUGGAUUUUCAUCCGCUGCCGGACGAAUAGGUGGAAUGUUGGCACCCUUUGCUGGUCCGCUGGCUGAAAGAAUAAGUUGGGCUCCAGGUGCAAUAUUUGGAAUAAUGUGUCUAACAGUUGCUAUGCUUUUGCCUCUGUUGCCCGAGCCGACCGGCCACGAGCUCCCGACCACAGUUGAAGAAUUGGAGCGCUGGUAUAAACAACACAGCGGAAUGCAACGGAAAAAGACUGUAGAUACUUCACUUUAGAACUCUUCGUAUUUCGAAGGAUACACCUCACCGAGAUAAACAGUAAUCGAACCACCUGUUUGUAUCAUUC